CAAUCACCAGUCACCGCUUCAGAACUCGGAACCUAAACUCUUUGUUUAGUUUGUGAAUUAACUCAGAAACAUGGCAACAAUUUCCUGUUGUUGUGCUCCCUCCACCUCUUCGUCUUCUUCAUUCUCAAUUCACAGAAACUUUACUUUCAAUACAAACUCAAACUCUAUGUCUUUAAUGGGUUCGCUCUCUUUCGCUCCCAAAACCGGCACGCUCUACACUCGCUUUGUUUCAAUUUCCAUCAAACAAAAGCGUUCCAAUAUCCCACUUCAAGUGAGAUCAGUGGCUGUUCCUUCGGAAGCUGUUGCUGGGUUUGAUGAAAUGGUGUCCGGGACUCAAAGGAAGUAUUAUAUGUUAGGUGGCAAGGGAGGUGUAGGCAAGACAAGUUGUGCUGCUUCACUUGCUGUUAAAUUUGCAAAUAAUGGGCACCCCACUUUAGUGGUUUCAACUGAUCCUGCACAUUCAUUGAGUGAUUCUUUUGCUCAGGAUUUGACUGGAGGGCAACUGGUUCCGGUUGAUGGACCUGAUUGUCCAUUGUUUGCUCUCGAGAUAAACCCUGAGAAGGCUAGGGAAGAAUUUCGCAGUGUAACUCAGAAAGAUGGUGGAACUGGGGUUAAGGAUUUCAUGGAUGGUAUGGGUCUCGGUAUGCUUGUAGAGCAGUUAGGAGAAUUAAAACUUGGAGAGCUAUUGGACACACCUCCUCCUGGUUUGGAUGAAGCAAUUGCAAUUUCCAAAGUGAUGCAAUUCCUUGAAUCCCAGGAAUACAGUAUGUUCACUCGAAUAGUUUUUGAUACUGCACCAACGGGCCAUACUUUGCGACUUCUGUCUUUGCCAGACUUCUUGGAUGCUUCCAUAGGCAAGAUAUUGAAGGUAUGAAGGCUAAAUUAGACCA